AUGAAAACGAAAACAAGAGGCAAAAGAUUAAGUUUAGCCUUCUUGUCUCUUCUCAUUGGUAUAAGCUGGCUAUACUUCAGCGUCAAGAGAAGGAAGCUCAUUAAACUAAGAGAGAAAUUUUUCCUACAAAAUGGUGGGUUGUUAUUGAAACAACGGAUCUCCUCAAUUGGGGGAGUUGUGGAGUCUUCGAAAGUAUUCAGUGCAGAGGAGCUGGAAAAGGCCACCAACAACUAUGCUGAUGAUCGGAUCCUUGGCAGGGGUGGUUAUGGAGUUGUUUACAAGGGAGUCUUAUCAGAAAACCAAGUGGUUGCCAUAAAGAAGUCUAGAAUAAUGGACGAAACCCAGAUAGAACAUUUCAUUAAUGAAGUUAUCAUCCUUACCCAAGUCAACCAUAGGAACGUUGUGAAGCUCCUAGGUUGUUGUUUGGAGGCAGAAGUCCCCCUCUUGGUCUAUGAGUACGUCUCUAAUGAGCUCUUAACAGGGAACAGACCCCUUUCCCCUGAAAGGCCACAGGAAGAGAGAAAUUUAGCCACAUACUUCAUCACAUCCGUGAAGGAGAAUCGGUUGUUCCAGAUUCUAGAGCCAAGGUUGGUUAGAGAAGGAGCUUUAGAGCAACUACAAGCAGCAGCAGAACUUGUGCGACGGCGCCUAAGUUUUGUUUCACUUCAAGUUUCUAAGUUUGGUGUAACUACAUAG